AAUAAAGCCAGCCUACUUCAGAGGGAGUGGCUUUGAAUCAGUUUCAAAAACAACUUGACACUAGAGCUGGGAAGGCUGCUUUCAUUCAUUUAUUUAGUGACUUAAAUAGUUUAAUUUCUGUCUGUUGGGACAAUGUUUCAAAAUGAAGUGGAAUAUAUGGACACAUCAGAUACCCCGUGGUCUUGGUAUUACCUGGCAGAUUGUGGGAGGUGGCACCGGUUUGAGGAUGACCCUGAUAACCCCUUCAGCAGUGAGAAUAUUGAGAAUUACUACCUGAGAGAUUCAAAAGCAGUUCUGAAGAUCUCAUCAAGCAGCUGCCACAACCAGAUUGAUUUCUCUGUAAUGUUGCAGACCGAUCUCACCACAGGGAGGAAAAGAAGAAUCCAACGAAGCUACAAAAUUGAAAGAAGCUGCUCCUGUUUCACCGCCGCACCUGUUUUCUGGGAAAGAUUUGAUCCCACACUUCCAUACCAGUUAAUUCCUCUGAGUGACGUCACCCCUGAGUAUCAGACUGUGGCAAGUUAUGUGAAGCACGAGGGGCUCCUGAACAAACCCAUUGUAUCAAUCAGCAGAAUACAGAAUUUGGACCUCUGGGAAAUAUAUUGCAGGAAAAAGAAGCACCUGAUGAGGAUUCAACAUGUGAAAGAAAUUCAAGAGAGAAGACUUUUCCAUGGGACAGACAUUAAAAAUGUCGACAGCAUUUGCAAAUAUAACUUUGAUUUACGGUUAGCCGGACAAAAUGGCAACGUAUUUGGAAAAGGAAUAUAUUUUGCCACUCAUGCAUCGUACGCGGACAAAUACAGCACCAGCAGCUCGCGUCCAUUGCCGCUACAUGGCCAGGAUGGUGGACACCGUGACUACACUAAAAUAAUGUUUUUGGCGCGAGUAAUGGUUGGAAACUCAAUUGUUGGAGAACGUCAUUUUCAGAAACCAGAUCACGGAAGUCUUGAAAACUCACACGACAGCUGUGUGGAUGAUAUCAGUCCCCCUAGAAUGUUUGUUAUAUUUGAUCCGAAUCAGAUUUAUCCAGAAUAUCUUGUUCAAUACAGAUAAACUCAGAAUGUGUAAAAAAUGUGUUUUGACAACAUUAUUAGGUUUUAAAAGUUGUUUUCAAAUGUCCAUUUUAUAUAGAAUAAGAUAUGAUAAUGAAUGUUUUUAUCUUUUCCACAAAAUCUCCAACAUUUUUAUAUCUUAACAUUAUGCUGUUCUUAUGUAAUAAAAUUUCCAACCACUUUCUCUCCAUGA